AUGGUUAUUGAACAAGAAUUGGAGGACAGCUACGAUUAUGAUAAACCAAAGCUGUGGUUUUCCACGGGUGAACUUAGAAACUUACCCACAGAAAUAUAUUCAGACUGUACAUUGUCAAAGAUUGAACAUCAGAAAAUACUACGCAGUGAACCACGUAAUGCCGAAGUCGAUUACCAACCAGAUGGAGCAAUAUUUCUUACGAGCUAUGUCAAAGCAACAAAAGGAAAAAUACUCUAUAAUUCAAAACCAGAUGAUGAAGAUACAAAAGCAAGAGCAGGGUAUGAGCUACUACAAAAAUCAAACCAUAAUGCAAGAGAAUUGCUACGAGAUGCUUUAUCAUAUGCCAAUGAUUACAGAAGAAACAUCGCACUUAAAGCUAUAUCACCAUCAUAUACCACUACUAAGGAUAAAAAAGAAGUUUUUGGUGAAAAACUUAAAGGAUUGGUGGAGGAAGAAAACACCAAGUCUAAACUAUAUAAUGAUGCCAACAAGGAGCGACAAAACCAGGGCCCACACAAGGAAAUUUUCAAACGGACAACCGCCGGACCCCACGAACCUGAUGAACAUUCAGAUUCCUGGAUAUUUAAAGAAAUUCAAACACAAAUGGUUAGAAACAUUCAGCAAUUCAUGGCCUAUCUUAAUCAUAUCAAAUGGUUAUUCUCCAGAAUGGAGCUCAAAACCCCCAUUAAGAAUUCACCAACAGAAGCGUUUUAUGAAAUUUUCAACAGAUCUAAAGAUUACAAAAAAUGA